AUGCAGUCUCUCCUUUCGUUCCGCAUGCUUGUGCUUUUCUUCCUCUCCUUUGCGUCGCAGAUCCUGGCACAGUCUGCAACUUCUUCGGCAACCCAACCACCAACUUCCAGCUCGAGCAGGACGCCGAUCACGAACGGAACUACGACGACCCCGCCGGAUGUAGCGUCCACGUCAACAGUGCCAGAUGUGUACCUGAACGUCCCUGAACUGCAUGUCGGACGCAUUGAGCUUGAUGUUGAAAGAUUGCAAGCCGACAUCAACUUGAACGCCAAAGUCGCUGGUCUCGUAACCGUCAAUGCGGGUGUCCAAGUCUCUGUCGAAAAGAUAAACAUUACCAUUGCAGAUGUCGAUGUGACCUUGGAGCUUGUCGUGCGCCUAGGCCAUCUCGUGGACAUUGUGGAGCGCGUCUUCGAGUCGCUUGAUCUGAACCCUCUGCUGCUUGGUCUUAUCAGCAACGUGACCAGCCUUGUCGGAGAAGUUAUCGGUGCUGUGGAUGGUCUCCUCGGCUCAAUCACCAACGGCGGCACGACGCUGAACUUCCUGGUUGACAACCUCGGCAACAUCGUGCAAGAGGUCGUCGGUGGAGCCACCGGUGCCCUCUCCCAGAUCGUUGGAAACUACCAGCAAAACAUGACGCAAGUCGGGGACAUCACGCAACUCGGCAACGGGCUUAUCCAGAAGACCUUCUCGUACGAGCCACUGAGUGCAUUGGUAGACAUUGUGUUUAACACGGCAGGCCAAGUCGUACAGGCUACGGUACAGAAGGCGACUGGUGGUGGGUCGAGUUCGUCGACAGCAAGCGCGAGUGCCACCGCAACUCCCGUUACGCUGCCCAUUAGCACUGAUGCUAGCACCUCGUCUUAG